UUGCAAGAGGCCUGUGACGUAUAUCCACCGCGACCAGGAAAAAGCUGCACGCGUGUGCAAGAGACUGAGAACAGACCAAGAUGGCUGAUGAAGAAAUGGUUGCCGAAGAGUACCCCACCGAAAUCCACGAGUACCUUUCAGCUUUUGAAAAUUCUGUUGGCUCAGUAGAUGACAUGUUGAACAGAAUGAUGUCCGUUUCAAGACCUGAGCUCCUUCAAAGGGUAGAUCCUUUGGAACAAGCAAAAUUAGAUUUGGUUUCAGCAUACACAUUAAAUUCACUUUUUUGGGUAUAUUUGGUCACACAAGGAGUCAAUCCUAAGGAGCAUCCGGUCAAAGAAGAGCUGGAAAGAAUAAGAAGUUACAUGAACAGAGUCAAAGAAAUUGCAGAUCGCAAGAAAGCUGCCAGACUCGACAAAGGAGCUGCACAAAGAUUUAUAAAACAUGCGCUGUGUGACCCAGAGGCCGAGCAGGGACUUUCAGCCAAAAAAGCCUGCAAACCAAAGACAAAGAGCAAAUAGGCUUUCCACGCAAAAUUAUUAGACAAAAA